AUGGAAUCAGAUUUUUCUAAUAAGAACAAAGUUAUUAUUCUACUUGAUUCUCUUCUUGAUUUAUACGAUCAUCUUGUUAUGAUUUUGUCGUAUGAUAGUACAACACAUGUUCUUGAAGAUGUUAUUGACUCAUUAAUAGAGUAUUAUCAUCAGAAAAAGAAUAGUAAUGAGGCUCGUGGUAUAGAUUUAUAUAUGAAGGGUGAAAGAGGACAUGAAAGGCAGAAAGAGAAAGAAUAG